AUGAACCCGCCGCCGACGUAUCUGAGAGACUAUGGGGAACUGGUGAUCGCCCUGGAGCAAGGCUAUCACGUCUCUGCCAUCUUCAACGGCCGACUCUGCACCAACGACUUCGAGGGAGAUGAUCCCGUGGUAGUAGUGCCGAUGGACCCGUGGAGCCGAGGAGUAGCCACCGACGGAUCCUUCGACUUCGUCACCUUCGACCAUUACGUCAUGGCACGUGAGCGAAGGACU